AUGGUCGUUUCCUUCCCAGACCUCGCCUCCUUCGGGCUCUCCCGGACCCGGGGCUUCCUCUCCGACGACACCCCCCUGGCCUCGUUCCGCGACGGCUACUACGCCCGGUGGGACGACCUCGCCGCCCGGCUGCCCGCGCUGAUUGCCUCGCGCAAGCUCGGCCGCGAGGUCAGGGAGCUGCCCGUGCUGAGCACGGGCAAGCUGACGACGGAGCCGGACCUGCGGCGCGCGUACGUUGUCCUUGCGUUCCUCGUCCACGGGUAUGUCUGGGCGGGCGGCGACAAGGAGGAGGAGGAGGAGCGUCCCAUGGACACGGUGCCGCCGCAGCUCAGCGAGCCGUUUCUGCGCGUGUGCGAGCGUCUCGGCAUGGAGCCCGUGCUGAGCUACGCGGGGCUGUGUCUUUGGAACUGGGCGGCGGCGGAGGGAGCGGAAGGGUUGACGAGCGGCGGCGUGGAUGGCGAUGAUACCAGCGCAGGGUUCUACGACUUGGAGCAGCUGACGUCGCUGGGGUCCUUUACGGGCACACGCGGCGAAGACGCCUUCUACCUCGUCCCCGUGCUCAUCGAAGCCGAAGGCGGUCCGCUCCUCGCCCUCCUGCUAGACGCCCUCGCAGCGGCGCUCAACAACGACUCCUCCUCCCCCACCUCCUCCACCCGCCUGGCCGCAGCGCUGGACCGCUCCGCCGGGGCCUUUAUCCGCAUGGCGCAGCACCUGCCCAAGAUGUACCCGCUGCUGGACGCGCACGCCUUCUACCACGAGCUGCGGCCGUUCUUCAGCGGCGGCAAGGGCAUGGAGGACAAGGGCCUGCCGCGCGGGGUGGUGUUUCGGCGCGUCGACGGGUCGGAGCGCGCCGCCAAGUGCGUGGGCGGGAGCGCGGGCCAGAGCUGUCUGUUCCAGGCGCUGGAUUGCGUGCUGGGCGUGCGGCACGAGGGGCCUGGGGCUGGGCGCGAGUCGGUCUUUGAGGAGAUGAGGCCGUACAUGCCCGGCAAGCACCGAGAGUUCCUCGAGCAGCUGUCCAGCUUGCCAUCCAUACGCGACUACGUGGAGGACCACCAAUCCGACGAGGCCCUGGUGCGGGCGUACGACGGGUGCAUCAAGGAGCUGCGGUCAUGGCGCGGGAGGCAUAUUGCUAUUGUGUCCAAGUACAUUGUGCAGCCGGCACGCCUUGCCGCUGCCGCCACCGCCGCCACUGACACCGACCAAGAGAACGGGGCGAGCACAAACGGGACGACAGGACGGAACGGAGCGGGCCCGAAUACCGGAGACGAAGACGGGCUGGAGGCGGCGGCGGCGGCGGCCAAGGGCGGGGAUGAGCUGCAGGGCACAGGCGGGUCGGCGCUGGUGCCCUUUCUGCGGCAGUCGAGGGACGAGACGGUGGGUUUGGGCGCAGGUGCCAAGCUGAGAAACUGA